AUGAUCAAGCCAGGCAGAAAAAGACACCAUAGUGAUGUCGAAGACCAAAAUGGAGCAUUACCAUCAACUUACCGAGAUCAAUCAACGAUACCCAAGAUAAGUGAAAGAUAUACAAUUCUUCUCAAAGAUGGAGUAACAACUGCCACAAUAUAUCCAAUCUUGUCUCCCCUUGACAUUCCAAUUGGCCUACUACACUUUUUAUGUGAUGAGUACAACAUGGAGAUUGAAAGGGGUGAAACAUUACCCUAUUUCGAUCCGCUAACACUUGAACAAUUUGUUGAUCAUUGGUUCUCGUCUUUUGUAGGUGUGAUGUGUCUUGGUGAUGAUCUCAAUUUGAAUAGAAAUUCAAAUGGUAGGUCAUGGGAGAAUGAAUGUUUGGGGAUGUUUUGUAUUCAAGCACAGUACCCAGGGAAGAGGUGUUCACACAUUUGCACAGCAGAAUUUCUUGUCAAUGCUGGUAUCAGAGGAAAAGGUAUUGGCAGGACUUUAACCGACUGCUUUUUGCAAUGGGCUCCGAAACUUGGAUAUACCUACACCAUGUUCAAUCUCGUUUUCGAAAGUAAUGCAGCUGCCAGAAAGUUGUGGGAGUCAAUGAAUUUCAAGAGGGCAGGAAAGAUUAAAAGUGCUGCAUACGUGAAAAAUCUCGAUCAACCAGUUGAUGCAAUCAUAUAUGGUCGUGAACUUACAGAUAAAUCAGUAACAGAGUCUAGUGCCUAUAGAUUUGAUAAAAUAAAGUAUUAUCUAGAGACUGGCAAGUAUCCAGCCACUGCUGAUCGUCAGGAAAAAGCGAGAUUGAGAGCUGGAGCAAUGCACUACAGUCUAUCCAAUGGCAAACUAAUGUUGAAAGGGAAGGAAGUUGUAGCUGAUUUGGAUCAACAAAUGCGCAUUUGUCACGAGUUGCAUCGAAAUAAUGGACAUCUUGGGAUAAAUAAAACAACCACUCAAGUGGCGGAAAAAUAUCAUUGGCCGCGUAUUAAAGAGACCGUGGGGAUAGUGAUUAAGGAAUGCGACAAAUGCAAUAGAAUACCAAAAGACGGCCACAACGAAAGAUAUGACGUAGCCAACCACGAUUUUGAAAGACCACAAGUAAGUGAGCACAUUCAAGCAGUCGUGUCGGAAGUCCAGCAAGCACAUCGGGAUGGAUUAAGACAAACUUAUGCAGAAGUUGCUGCCUCAUCUGGUCCAAUCUUUUCAAUGGUUGAGAGAUACUUGUCUGAUGAAGAUACCGAAUCUGAUAUCAUCCGUCCAAGAGUUAGAACUUACCAAAGAAGAUAG